GUUGGAUUACAAGAAGUAAUAGUUCAAAAAUGUUCCCAAGAUGUUUUAUAACAGUUUUGAAAAAUUACACUUUACUGUUGUCAGUCAAAUAAUUGCAUUUAGGUAUACCUACUAUGAUAUUGGUGGUUGAAAUAUUAUAAUUUUGAAGGUAAUAUAAUUAAAACAUAGUUACCUGCUUUCAUCUCCCGAGCUUUCCCCUUCAAGAGCAGCAUAGCCCUUGUCCUUGUCCUUUCUAUCUUUGCGUUUUGCGAUCAUUUCUUUUUUGAUAGACUUCUCUGAAUCAUUAUUAUCUAAGAUAAAUAAAAACAAUUAUUAGAUAAAUAAAAACAAUUAUUAGAUAAAUGUUAUUAUCUUAUCUUAUCUGGAAUAUAAAACACUAACAAUCAUCAGUAGCUUUCCGGUUUUCGGAUGAAUACAGACCAGGGAAGUUUUUCCUCUCCUCAGGACUAUCGAAUUCCAUCUUCACAAACAGGGACACCGGCACCAACAACACAAAUAAAAUUUCGUUGUUUCUGAAGAUUUAAGUUGAGUCAACUCACAGAAUCAAUAGAGAACUGUAAACCGAACAGUCAAAGACGAAGUCGUACUGCGAAGUGCGAGAAGUAGCGAAAAGCCGCGAAAGGCUUGCAAGUUGAAAAACGUCGGGAUUCGGGAGUUGGGGUUAAAACUGGGUGGGGGAAUUCUACCUGCUCAAACAAUACUGCUUGUGCUUUCUUUCAUGUCUCGAUUGUUUCUUCACGAGAAAGAGAUGAUGUCGCUUCUUCUAUUCUAUCAGCUGGUCAAUUACCAAUUUAUUCAAACCUCGGGGCAAGAAGUUUUCUAUUUCUAGACAAGAGAGUGAUCGACACAGUCGUAAUCUAUUACAAAGACAAUAAACAAAUACAACACAUAUUUGAGAAUUUAAAUUUAUUAUUAUUUUGAUAUGAAUAAAUGUAACAGAAGCAGAAACAUAUCAAAAGAAUACUCUACUGAGAUAUUACACUUUUGAAGUUUCGAUUCGGGAAAGCUGAAUUAACAAAAAAUCUUCUCAAGAAAACUCUGCAAAACUUGACACUCCUAAUUCUUCAAUUUCUUCAGUUGUGAUUCAUUAACUUCAGGUUUCAGGUAUUGGUCGGAUACAUGGAAGGCUUUGAUGCAAUUUAUUAUGAGGAGGAAAUAGAGAACCAAGAAGAAGCUGAAGGGGCUGAUGUAUCCUUGGUACCUGACCCUGUGAUUGUUCGAGGGGCUGGUAGUAUGACAGUAUUUGGCCUGAGCAACAGAUUUAGUACGGAAUUUCCAAAUGGUUUAGUGUCGAGGGUAGCGCCAGAAGAGUAUAAGGAAACAGUGGUCCGAAUAAAUGGGAUUCUAAAGAAAACACUACCUGUCAAUGUAAAAUGGUUGUUUUGUGGAUGUCUUUGCUGCUGCUGUACAUUAGGUUGCUCCUUGUGGCCAGUCAUAUGUCUUAGUAAAAGAACACAGCAUUCUUUGAACAAAUUACUAGAAUGGGAAAAUAGUUAUUUAUAUAACAAGUUGGGACUGCAUUGGCGAUUGAGCAAGCAACAAUGUGAUUCGUCAUCGAUGAUGGAAUACGUGAUCCUCAUAGAGUUUCUGCCAAAAGUACCUAUUUACAGACCUGACUAACGAAAAUUUUGCUAGUCAGCUUGCCAGCUAGAACUUUCUCUCUCUUUAUAAGUAGGUAUGUGAUGAUUUGGGUGAUAUAUAAAUUUUCUAAUUUGCGAGUUCUAGUGAUCACGGAAGUAGGUACAGCAGCAAGAUCUAGGUGCAAUAAUUAUUAUUCUAAAGAGAACAAAUGAUGACAAAUUGUUGUCCGGCUUUAAUAAAUGAAACAUAGCUCUGACUAGAGAUAAAUUUUUUCGAACAUAGUUUAUUCAGUUCUAAAAUUGUUUUUUCUUUUGAAUUGUAGCCUGAUUUUGCAGCUGUACUUCCAUGGUCACUUAUCGCAUUUCUAUCUAUUAGACUUUUGCCUGAAAAAAAAAAACAUAAUUUUGGACUUCAACCUUUUUCUACAAUGAUUUUUGUGUCCUAUAUCCAGAGAUUUUUACUGGGUCAAGGCAUCUUGAGUUUGAAAUUAGGUUUAAAUUAGAAAAUUCUGAUAAUAAAGUGAACAUUGAAUUUGUUGUUAUUAAACUCGUGGGUUUAAGUUGAUAAAUGAAAAAUGUUUGUAUUUGUGGUUUACAGAAAAAAAAACAACAUCUUUAAAUUACCAUCUUCAUCAAAAAAAUUUUCUUUACUAGGAUUAUAAAAUCACUAGGUAUUGAAUUGUUUUGUUGCUGAACAUAUUAGUCCUUUGUUAACCUUGCCCCAAUAUUGUUAUAAUUAUUUCUAAUCAAUAAAUGAUCAACCCUUUCAUUAUUUAAGAUAUUUUUCUAAUGUAUAUUUUUUUAGUAUGUAUUUAUUAUAAAUAAUUUGAGCCUUGUCGUAGUUUAAUUAGGAAGAUCUUCUUUUUGACAGGCAUGUGUUGAUUGUAACAAUGCCUGUUAAAAACACGAUAGUAUUAAAAUUUUUAGGUUGUUUCCUAAUUGUGAUUUGAAAAAUGAAGUAUCCAAAACAGUAUUUUGUUGUUAGAUUCUGUACUUGAAGAAGCUGUUCAAUCAAAAUUUAAUAAUUGCCGUGCUUGCGGCCAGAUAUAAAAUCACAAUAUAUAUGUACACCUUUCAAUUUUUCCCAUAUACUCUGUAAAUACAAUGUAAUUAUGUGAUAAUAGGCAUAUUGUAAUUUCAUUCAUGUUUCCAUUAAUUUGUUUGACUUUAUCAUCAAAGCACAUGUUAAAUAGCAUUAAAUAAAUAUUAAUGUUGAGCCGAUUUUAUUGUUAACUUUUAGGGAAUUAAUUAUUAAACUGGGUAAAAUCUGUAUUAUCUCAGAAACAAAGUAUUGAAUAUUUAAAUUCAAUAUUUUGGUUCGAAGUGGUUUGAUUUUCAAUGGAUGAUAAAACUUAGCUUUAUUUUUGGUCCAAAAAUGGGCAAUAAUCUCAGUGUUUAUCAAUUUUAAUCAAUCAAAAAGCAGAGUUUGCCUUGAGUUAUACUCAAUUUACAAUUUUAUUUUUUUUCGGAUUAAUUUUUUUUAGCAUAUUAUGUAGUCAAUUAGUUAUUUAAUAUAGGAUUUCCUGAUGUAUAAUAAUCGGAAAAAAAUAGUGCAAUCAAUUUACUGCAUUCUUCAGAUAGUAUAUAAGUAUUCAAUUAUUGUUCUUUUAUUGUGUAUGUUUGUUACAAUUUUCGGUAUUAAAUUUGCUUUCAUUUGAA